UUUGGCAUGGAAGCUUCAUGUAUUGGCAUCUAGCUUAACUUAAUCCCCCACACUUUCUCUCUCCUUUGAAAAUUCCUUUCUCAGUUUACUGGUCAAAUGCCAGAGAAUUAGAUUCUUCACUGUUUCUCACAGAUUUCUUUUCCAUUUUUCAGAUUAAAUGCUCCGAAAUUAUGGAGUAUUAAUUUUAAGCCGGAUCUCUUGUCUCUUCUAAAGCCGGAUCUCCGGUAAUAAUUUCAUAAUCCACUCCUUCCGUGGAUUAUGACAUUAACUUUUCCAUCGAAUUUCAGAAUAAUUGUGCUUCUGAAAUCGACAGAUUAUUCCGAGUCGAUUGAAUUUUUGAAAAUGGCACCCUGAUUCUUGCAAUACUUGCAGAACCCCCUUUUAAUUUUUCUGGGUCGAUUAGUUUGUGUGAAGUGGCAUCCUAGUUUUUCAUGAAUUUGCAAAACCCCCUUUUAAUUUUUCUGGGUAGAUUAAGUUUGUGAAAAUGGCGCACUAAUUCUUCAAAAUUUGCAAAAUUCCCUGUUAUUUUUUCUGGGUUUUUUUUAGAAAAAUGGAAGAUCAGGGGUGUUGCGAGGAACAUUUAAAUUUGGCCAUAGCAGAAGUAGACGAGGAAGAGGAAUUUCGGAGCUGUUGUGGGGAAGAGAGUGAAGAUGAAUGCCUAAAGGAGGAGGAUUUUUGUGAUGAAUUGACAGUGAAGAUGACUUUUAAAGGGAUUUCAAUUGAUGGGUUUGGGGAAUCUUGUUGUUCUGGGUUCACUGGAAUUGGUGUUGUUAUUCAAGGUACAGGGAACUUCUCUGAUAUUUUUGUUCAGAAAAGGCUUGAAUUUUAUGUUGAGGGUUUAGUUGCGGAUUAUUUGUCUCUGAUGGAUGGUUUGCUUGAGGUUUUAAAGAGUAGUAAUAAUAAUAUUAGGCGUGUUUUCGCUACCACGGAUUCGAAGAUUCUUUAUGAACAGAUCAUGCUAAAGGAGAGCCCUGAUAUGCCUCUAAUUGUAGCAUUGAGGGAGAGGGUUCUCGAACUCGUGGGUCAGUUAGAUGCUUUUAGUUUGAAACUUGUCCCCGGUGUUGAAAUGAAGAGGCCUUUGCAACUAGCUCAGGUAGCAAUUGGUUUGGUCGCAUUACACGAAGAGAGCCAUAAUUCACUUCAGAAUUGUUCGUUAUGUUGUGAUGAUAAGCUAUCUUCAAUGAUGCUCACAUUAAGAUGCUCACACAAGUUUUGCUCCCAAUGUCUGAAGACGUAUGCUGAUGGGAAAGUAGAGGCUGGUCAAGUCCCCAUUAGAUGCCCUGAGAUCAGCUGCAACUAUUUACUCUCAAAAUCAGAAUGCAAAUUAUUUCUUCCCGUUAUUUCUUACGAUGUUCUAGAGAAAGCAGUAGAAGAAUUUAAUGUGCUUAGUUCAGAAAAAAUUUACUGCCCCUAUCAAAAUUGUUUGGCUCUUCUUGAUCCUCGCGAGGCAAGCUCCUCAGAUGAAUCCAAUGAGUGUUGCAUUGAGUGUCCAGUUUGUCAGAGAUCUAUCUGUGUGAAUUGUGGGGUUCCCUGGCAUAGUUCAUUGAGUUGUGGAGAGUAUCGAGAUCUUCCACUAGAUGAGAGAGAUUCCUCGGAUCUUACAUUGCACUGUUUAGCACAGGAUAGAGGAUGGAGGCGUUGCCAACUGUGCCGGAGGAUGAUCGAGCUGGCUCAAGGUUGCUACCACAUGACCUGUUGGUGUGGGCAUGAGUUCUGUUAUUCCUGUGGCGCUGAAUAUAGGGAUAGGCAACAAACAUGUCAAUGUGUUUUCUGGGAUGAAGGUAAUUCCGAGGAUUCAGUAGGCCCAACCACCCCGGAGGCUAAUAAUUGGGAAUGGAACUCAUUUGAGACAUUUCCAAUGAUACUAGAUGCGUAUUCAGAUCAAGAGCGUUCACAACUGGCUAUAAUACAGAGAUUCCUUGCUGGUGGUUUCAGCCUAAGUGAUCAUCGGACUUGUCAGUUGCCGCCUCCACCGUGUACAGAUUCCUACAUUGAUGCCAUGAAAGAUCUCCAUCAGCUUCCUUGGCUGGAGAGGUUUGUUUCUGUAAUAAGUGAUAAUUACUACGAUGACUACAUUCGCUGAUACCCCAGCAAUUCAACCCAAAUUCGCCAUCAUGGGGGGUAGCUAGCAACUGAGUUUUCGAAUUGUUAGAAUGUAGUUUUCGUUGAUCAUAAAUGUGAUUAUUAUUAACCUGUCUACAUCUGCUUUUGUACUCUCUAAGUUGACAGGGGAAAUUUAUGACUAGAGAUUUUCUUACAAGAGAUAUGCAAAGGUGCAAGAUGAUGUACUGUACUGAUGUUAAGAGUGGAAAUAAUUUGGCAAUACAUUCACGUCAUAGGCUAAACUGGCAUAUACAGAAGGGUAAA